UUGACGUAGUCUUUGCAGUGGGCGUUUAGCUCAUGUGACAGAAAUGGCCAAUAGAAAACUCAAAGACAGAGCUGCCUCGUUUGCAUGAGAGGACUAUAAAAACGAUCAGCAAUACAGUGUAUAGAGACAAAGAAUAUUGAGUUUUGUUGAAAAUGCCUGAACCAGCAAAGUCCGCGCCAGCCCCGAAGAAGGGAUCCAAGAAAGCGGUGACUAAGACCCCGAAAAAAGAUGGGAAGAAGCGCAGAAAGAGCAGGAAGGAGAGUUACGCCAUUUACGUGUACAAGGUGAUGAAGCAAGUGCACCCCGACACCGGUAUUUCCUCCAAGGCCAUGGGUAUUAUGAAUUCCUUUGUCAACGAUAUAUUUGAGCGCAUUGCAGGGGAAGCCUCCCGCCUGGCUCAUUAUAACAAACGCUCCACCAUCACCUCCCGGGAGAUCCAGACCGCGGUCCGCCUGCUGCUGCCUGGGGAACUGGCCAAACACGCCGUGUCCGAGGGCACCAAGGCUGUUACCAAAUACACCAGCGCCAAGUAACUGCUCCUUCCCUUGUCCUACUCCCAACAACACAAAGGCUCUUUUAAGAGCCCGC